UACUUUCCCUUUUGGUAUUGGGUUGGCAGGUGGCAAGCAGAGUGUUUUAGGGCUUUUCCAAAUUCCCCGCCAUUUCUGUGAAUUAGCGGCUGAAUGACCGUCGACGAGUGAAAUGGAAAGAUGUUGAAGGAAGGCGAUAACCCGACGACGCCGUCGGCGUUAACCUCGAAGCCCGACCAAACUACGAGCCCGAAUCCAAAUGCUUUUCCCAAAGAGCAGCGACCGUCGCCACGCACCUCCGAGUCCAUCUCCUCCCGUUCCCGUGGCAGUAAACUCAAUGAGAACAAUGACCAUAGUUCCCAGCCGCAGGGAAACCCUCAGAACCCCGAGGAAUUCAUACUCCUCGUCGCCUCCAAGUUCGCUUCGCAGCCUCUUCAGUACUCCGAUCCUGACGUUUGGGGUGUCCUCACAGCCAUUUCCGACAAGGCUCGCAAACGUAACCAGGGCAUAAAUAUACUUUUGACAGCUGGAGAACAUCGCAUUGGCCGCUUGGUGGGUGAUGCUCGGUUCCAAAUUUCAUCCCCAGCUGUUAGUGCAUCACAUUGCAAGAUCUAUAGGAAAAGGAUUGCUAAUGAAGAUACAGAGCACAACACUUUAGUAUUUCUGAAAGAUUCUAGCACGAAUGGGACAUAUCUCAACUGGGAAAAGUUGAAUAAAAAUAGCCCUGAAGCUAGACUUAAGCAUGGCGACAUUAUAUCUAUUGCCUUUGCUCCACAACAUGAACAUGCAUUUGCCUUUGUAUUUCGAGAAGUUUUAAGGCCUAGUUCAUCAGCUGAAGAGGUAGCUGUAAAGAGAAAAGCAGAGGAGUUUGGCGGUGACAGCAAGAGACUUAAGGGAAUAGGGAUUGGUACUCCUGAAGGUCCUAUUUCUCUGGAUGAUUUCCGUAGCAUGCAACGGUCAAACACGGAGCUGAGGAAGCAAUUGGAAGAUCAAGUUGCAAAUAUUGACGCAUUGCGUAAUGAAUAUCGUGCAACUGUUGAGAGACAUGAGACUGAAGUGAAAGUUUUGAGAGAUUCUGUUUCAAAAUCCUACCUUGAUCAGCUCAAAGAGUUGAACCAGUUGUUAGAGGCUAAGGAGAAAGAAAUUGUGGAAUCUAAUAGAAUAUCUGCUGAGCAAAAACAUGCCCUGGAAGACCUUAAUGAAAGACUUAGUGCAUCUGAGCAGUCAUGUCUUGAGGCCAAUGAAGUAAUAAAUAGUCAGAAAGCUUCUCUUUUGGAACUAAAGGCCUUAUUAGAUGAGGAGCGUGAACAGAGAAAAGAAGAACGAGAAAAGGCCGCAUUAGACCUAAAGGCCUCGAUACAGAGAGUUCAGGCUGAAGCACAGGAGGAAAUAAAACGACACUCCGAUGCUGCCUUGAGACGUGAAAAAGAGCAGCAAGAAAUGAUUUACAAACUGCAGGAAUCGGAGAAAGAGAGGUGUUCACUGGUGGAAACCAUGAGAUUAAAAUUGGAAGAAACCAGACAGAAACUGGUAAAUUCAGACAAUAAAGCUCGCCAGCUUGAGGCGCAAAUGCACGAGGAGCAAUUGGCUUCUGUCAGUAACAGAAAAAGAAUAGAAGAACUAGAGCAUGAAAAGAAAAGGCUGAGGAAGGAGCUCGAGAGAGAAAAGCAGUCUGCUCGAGAAGAAGCAUGGGCAAAAGUUUCUGUUCUUGAACUUGAGAUCAAUUCUGCAGUGAGAGAUCUAGAUUUUGAGAGACGUAGGUUGAAAGCAGCCAGGGAAAGAAUUAUGCUUCGAGAGACUCAGCUCCGGGCUUUCUAUUCCACUACUGAGCAGAUCUCAGUUUUGUUUGGAAAGCAGCAGGAGCAGUUAAGAUCGAUGCAGAGGACCUUAGAAGAUGAGGAGAAUUAUGAGAACACAUCAGUGGAAGUGGAGCUUGAACCAAACAAUUUCAACGUUAAGAGAUCAGUAGUUGGAGAGAGAGAGCUAGGACGUUGCAUCGAUGGUGGUAGUAAGGCUGGUUUGAGUGAUUCCGCCCAUAAGCAUGUGAGAGAUGCAGUUGGGACAUCAAGUGAUGCUAGUGUCACAGAGAAGCACGAAUGCAAUGUCAGAAGCCAAGAAGAAGGGCAAGACACCCAGGAGGUGGAAUUUACGAGCACGGAACGGUGUCAGGGUGCCUUUGGUUCUGACAUCAAUGGGGUCGAGACAGUACCUAUGAUGGAGGGAGAUACUGUGGGAACUGAACAAAUCCAUGAAUCUGGUGCUAAUAUUGACCUUGUAGGAACAGAAACUGUGGUCGAGACUGAAAGCCCUGCUGCUAUAAAUGGUGACAGGAGUAUAGAUUUAAACAAAUGCUGCAAUACAAUACCUGCUGAGGAUACAAUGCAAUUAGAUGUUAACACAAAUGAAACGGAAGCCCAAAGGCAGGAACAUACUGCCCUUGAGGUUGAGGUUCAAAAUCCUCUAGAUGACACUGAAGCAGUAGGAGGUAGCAUCAGAACAGCUGAUCUUUUGGCCUCGGAAGCUGCUGGGAGCUGGGCAUGCAGUACUGCCCCAUCUGUUCAUGGAGAGAAUAAUAGUUCUCAACGGAGUAAAGACGAGAGUAAUGGAGCUGGCCCAUCUACUUUACCUGAAUCAUCAUCAUGUGCUCCUGUUGCAGAGAGUCAAUCCGCCCCAUCAUCUUCCAAGGAAAAUCAUACAAAACGGGAUCAAGACCGCAAAGCACUAAGUGAGAUGAUUGGAAUCAUUGCUCCUGAUCUGAAGGAGCAGUUCAGUGAUGGUGUGGGUGAUAAUGAGGAAGGAGGGGGGUUUGCUUCUAACUCAGAAACUGAGAGUUGCACAGAUGAUGAUGAUGAUGUGGUGGCGAACACUGAAGUUGGAUCAGAUGCAGAAACUAUUGGCAGCGAUGCAAUGGAUGAAGAUUAGGCAUGCAUGCUGAUGCGAUGUAGUAGUGUAGUGGGUAGGGGUAUAUAUUGUACGUGUUUGGAUUUGUCAUUAGCUUGUACAGUUCAUUUCUCCCCCUCAAAAUGUCUUUGUACGCUAUCAUUUGGAGAUCGAGUAUGCAAUGUGUGAUUUUAUGAUUA